ACCGAAACCGUGGCACCAAAACUUCCCGGGGGAGCGUCAAGGUGAACGCACAUCAAUCCUUACCUCCAACAUCACGUCGCCUUAACGCCGUCGCAAUUUCUCCCAACUCACCACCUCGCUGUGCGCCCCGUUCAAAAGCCGCCAGCCGAACACAUUCUGUAUAACGAUCAAAGCGAAGAACGAACGAUUGAACAUUGAACAUCGGAAGCGCCGCAAGAAGAGCACGAAGCGAAACCUACCUCGACUGAACAACCCAGCCGCGCAGCGCAGCACGCGACCACCACCACCAUCUCGUCGUCGUUUUGUUGCAUAAAGCAAGCACAAAGCAGGCAGCGAAAGCAAAGAUGCCAUACUACGAAAAGUCAGAGGACUGGCUUCACCAGUCGGCUUUGCUGUUGCAGGCUAGGCCUCAGACUACCCGAGUAACAACCUCCUACGCCCUCCGCCCCGCCCUCCGCCCUUCCAAAACCGAGAAGCUCGCGGCAAAGGAAGCUCGUCGCCAGCGCGAAACCUCCAGCAAGACCACCACCUCCAAAACCAAAACCCCUGCUGCUCCCGCCCCAGCAGAACCCGCUGCUGCCACAGAUGUCACCGCGGCGACGAAAAAACCAUCGAGAGGCCAUCUAGUCCUCAAGACCUUCGACCCCCACUCGGGCGUGUGUCUGAAAUACAAGACUUCCAAGGCCGCGGAGGUGGGUCGGCUGAUUCAGAUGCUGGGACAAUUGGGGAGGAGGAUGGCUGCGCUGCCUGUUGAUGAGGCUAAGGAGUCGGCAGACGUUGUGAUGGCUGAUGCGGCUGCGGCUGCGGCGGAGGAGGGUGCUGCUGCUGUGAGUGGGACUGCUACGCCUGUUAUUGGUGGUCAAGCGACGCCUGCUGCGGCGGCGGGAGGUGCGGCGGGUGGACAGGGAGGUGGACAGGGAAAGAAGAAGAAGAAGGGGAAGAGGUGAA